UUUUGCGCAGGCAUUGAAUUGGGCUGCUAGGUUUCCGCGGGGUCCUGUUGCUCGUGCAGUGCUGUAGUCAUUGGACAGACGCGACACAUCAAACUCUACCUUCAUAGCACCACAGUUAAUGAUGGCAUCGAUGUUGAUGAAUUCUCUGAGGAGCGGUCCAGUGACAUCUUUGCAGGCCGCUCGAUUCGCUGCUCGUUCUCUCAGCUCGUCUGCCCAUCUGCAAGCUCAAGCAAAGAGCAAGAAAACCCUUGCCAAACCAGGAGUGAAGAACAUUGUUCUGGUGGAAGGCGUUCGAACCCCCUUCCUCCUGGCUGGCACUACAUACUCUGAUCUGAUGCCCCAUGAUCUGGCCAGAGCUGCAUUACAGGGUCUUCUAAACAAAACCAGCCUCCCUAAAGAUGCCGUUGAUUAUAUCGUCUAUGGAACUGUGAUUCAGGAAGUGAAGACCAGUAAUGUGGCCAGAGAGGCGGCACUUGGUGCUGGAUUUUCAGAUAGGAUUCCUGCUCACACAGUGACAAUGGCGUGUAUUUCUUCCAACCAAGCAAUGACGACAGCUGUCGGUUUGAUCGCUUCUGGGCAGUGUGAUGCUGUGGUUGCUGGUGGGGUCGAGUUUAUGUCAGACAUUCCGAUUCGCCACAGCCGUAAGAUGAGGAAGACGAUGCUGUCACUUAACAAGGCGAAGACUCUCGGUGCUCGACUUUCUCUGCUGGGCUCCAUCCGACUCGCUCACCUUGCACCUGAGCUGCCGGCUGUAGCCGAAUUCUCCACAGCAGAGUCUAUGGGUCACUCCGCCGACCGCCUGGCGGCUGCGUUUGGUGUCACCCGUGUGGAGCAAGACGAGUUUGCUUUGAGAUCGCACACUCUUGCUAAGAAAGCUCAGGACGCUGGACUGCUCAAUGAUGUCAUCAGCUUCAAAGUGCCAGGGAAGGAUAUAGUGUCGAAAGACAACGGGAUCCGUCCCUCCUCCAUCGAGCAGAUGGGCAAACUGAAGCCCGCCUUCAUUAAGCCUCACGGCACUGUGACGGCCGCCAACUCCUCCUUCCUGACUGAUGGUGCGUCUGCAGUUUUGAUCAUGUCAGAAGAGAAAGCUUUGGCUAUGGGUUACAAGCCUAAAGCGUAUCUCAGAGAUUUUGUGUACGUGUCUCAAGACCCAAAAGACCAGCUGCUUCUUGGGCCGACCUACAGCACUCCAAAGGUCCUGGAGAGGAGCGGUCUGACCAUGAACGACAUUGACGUGUUUGAAUUCCAUGAAGCUUUUGCUGGUCAGAUCAUGGCAAAUCUAAAGGCGAUGGACUCUGACUAUUUUGCACAAACAUACAUGGGCAAAAAAGCUAAGGUUGGUGCCCCUCCAAUGGAGAAAUUUAACACAUGGGGCGGCUCUCUGUCACUCGGCCAUCCCUUUGGUGCCACAGGCUGUAGACUGGUGACCACUGUAGCUCACCGACUGCAGAAGGAAGGAGGACAGUACGGCGUAGUGUCAGCUUGUGCUGCUGGAGGACAGGGUCAUGCUAUGGUGAUUGAAGCAUACCCACAAUAAUCUCUAUAGCUACAAGUACCGUAGAGUCUACGGCGUAGACUAACGCACUGUACACACACACAUAGAUUCUGUAAAUAUGCCUCGAAAUGCCUUGAGAAGAAUUGUUGCUGCAAGUUAUCUGGAAGUUCUUGGUAGGAAAUGAUGCUUGUGAGUUGGCUGUAAACAUUAACAUUAUUUGAAAAUGUUUUAACGGUAAAAACAGAAGAUACUCCAAGGUAAAUAAUAUGACGUUUUUGCAUGUUGAAAAUAGCACUUAAAACAGGCCAGUUGGUUUCAGAUGUUAAACAUCAAGUCUGGAAUUGUCACCUGAAAAGAUGUGAUAUGGAAUCUAGCAGUCUAGAUUUAUUAAUGUACUAUCCAGAUACCAAGCUCUCUAAAAUCCAGACAACUCUUUAAUUUAUCCAUCAUGUCUAACAGAUUGUUUUGUUAUUACUGAGAAGUGUCAGGAUUGGCUUGAAGGUUUAGAUCAGCUGUAAAGACAAAAUCGCUUGAACGUACCAGUGCCUCAACGCUGUGGAAGAGUUUUGUCUUGUUUCCCAUCUUUUUCUAACAAUUUCUACAAAUAAAUGUCAUUUGAAAUCAA